AUUCUCACUGUUGUUCCUACAGGCUGGGCUGAAGCUUCCUCUCUUCACUACUCAGAUGGCCACUCCAGCCGUCUCUCCCUGGAGAAAACCUUUGGCCGGUCGCUCAAAGACUCCCAGUGCCAACACAUGCUGAAGCACCUUCACAACGGAGCCAGAAUCACUGUGCAGAUGCCUCCUAAUGUGGAGGGUCGCUGGGUGUCCACCAGCUGUGAGGUGAGACCAGGGCCGGAGUUCUUGACUCGCUCCUACAGUUUCUUCCCCAACAACACCUUCCAGGCUCACCAGUUCUACUACGAGGACAACCACUGCACCAAACCCACCUACACUCUGCUAAUCCGAGGUCGUCUCCGCUUACGCCAGGCCUCCUGGAUCAUCCGCGGCGGCACCGAGGCAGAGUACCACCUCCAUCGUGGCCAGAUGGUCUGUCACACAGCCACCGUGGCCAAAGAGCUCAGCCAGAGGCUUAACCAGAGCUGCCGCGGGGCAGUGAGGGGCCCCUGGGAGUCCGGGAAGAUCUACGAUCUGUGGAGCGAGGAGGGCGGCUACGACUGCUCCAGGGAGCUCAACUUCGCCAUGCAUGAGCUGCAGCUGCUGAGGGUCGAGAAGCAGUACAUGCAUCACAACCUGGAUCACCUGGUGGAGGAGCUGUUCCUGGGAGACAUCCACACAGAGCCGUCACAGAGGCUGUACUACAAACCCUCCAGCUACCAGAUGGCCCUGCAAAAUGCCAAGAACCACGACCACGGCUGCAUCGCCUGUCGCAUCAUCUACCGCUCCGACGAGCUCCACCCUCCCAUCCUGCCGCCCCGGGCCGACCUCACCGUCGGGUUGUACGGUCAGUGGGUGAGUCAACGCUGCGAAGUGCGCCCCGAGGUCCUCUUCCUCACCCGCCACUUCAUCUUCCACGACAACAACCACACGUGGGAGGGCCACUACUACCACUACUCCGACCCGGUCUGCAAACACCCCACCUUCACCAUCUACGCCCGAGGACGCUACAGCCGAGGGCUUCACUCCACUCAAGUCAGGGGCGGGACGGACUUUGUCUUCAAAGUGAACCACAUGAGAGUGACCCCGAUGGACUUGGCCACCACCUCCCUCCUCAACGUCUUCAACGGCAACGAGUGUGGAGCUCAGGGCUCCUGGCAGAUCGGCGUGGAGCAGGACGUCACCAUAACAAACGGCUGCGUGGCGCUGGGCAUCAGGCUCCCCCACACCGAGUACGAGCUCUUCCGCAUGGAGCAGGACGCCCACGGCCGCUACCUGCUCUACAAUGGCCAGCGUCCCAGCGACGGCUCCAGCCCGGACCGGCCGGAGAAGCGGGCCACGUCCUACCAGAUGCCCCUGGUGCAGUGCUCGGCAAGCAGUCAGUCGUCUGACUACAGCCGAGGGAGCGACGGCGACAGGCAUCAGCAGCACCACAAUGACUGCGCAGGAUGGCACGCAGGAGGCCGGAGACACGUCGCCGUGGCUUUGGGUGCGUUGGUCGUGUCCGUGCUGCUCUUCUGGCAAAGCUAGAGAGACGUUUGACACAAGACAAGAGCGUGGAUUAUAAGAGCAGACUGGGAGACAGACUUGAACUUGGAACUUUCCCUCUCUGCGAUGAGAACGAGGAUGAAACCUGGUGCCACUGAUCCUCUGGACUCCAGCGACCAAAGACCCCGACACUGCUGCACCACAGAAACUGCACUUUACAGUGGAACCAAAGAGCGACUUGUCUGUGUUUCCACAAAUAUACA